AUGUCUCGCAUCCUGAAUCUCGACGGCCGGGUCGCCAUUGUCACGGGCUCUUCUUCCGGAGUUGGUCGCACGAUUGCCCUCGCCCUCGCGAGCGAAGGUGCUUCUGUCGUGUGCAGCGAUGUGACCCCGGACCUACGCCCGGGCGGAUAUGAAGAAGAGACAGCACCUACCCACGAGCUGAUCGCAAAGACCGGAAAGGCCAUCUUCCAGAAGGCCGACGUCAGCUCUCCCGAGGACGUCGAGGCCCUGGUCGCAUCCGCCGUGGCCGCAUUUGGCCGACUAGACAUCUUGGUCAACAAUGCGGGAGUCUUCUGUGGGCAGAACCGAAUUGCAGAAGAGUCGGUCGAGGCCUUCGAUAAAACCAUGGCCAUCAAUACUCGCGGCACCUUUCUUGGUAUGAAAUAUGCCAUCGCCCAGAUGAUGAGACAGCCGCCCCGUCCGUCCGGGGAUCGGGGCUGGAUUGUGAACAUCUCCUCGAUCGGAGGCCUGGUCGCCUUGUCAAUGGAACCAUCCUAUUGCGCCAGCAAAGGCGCCGUGACGAAUCUGACCCGACAGGUGGCGGUCGACUACGCUCCAGACAAGAUCCACGUCAAUGGGGUAUGUCCUGGGUUCCUGAAGACAGCCAUGGUCCGCUCUGCGCUCGAAGACGCCGCCCUGCACAAGGAGCUGCACGAUGCCUCUCCAUGGCCGCACUUGGGCACCCCGGAAGACGUGGCCAAGGCCGUGUUGUUCCUGUGCAGUGAUGGCGCAAGCUGGAUGACGGGCACCAUGGUGAAUGUGGACGGUGGCUACUGUGCAAGGUAG